CGGCUCAGCUGAAUGAAAGGCAGUGGUGGCCACAGAGGUCGUGGCAAGAUGGCUUUUCCUGGCUCCCAACCACCCUACGUGAGCCCGGCCGUUCCUUUUUCUGGGAUGAUCCAAGGAGGUCUCCAGGAGGGACUGCAGAUCACUGUCCAGGGGACAGUUCUUCACUCCAACACAAACAGGUUCGCUGUGAACUUCCAAACCGGCUUCAGUGACUAUGACAUUGUCUUCCACUUCAACCCGCGGUUUGAGAAUGGGGGGUAUGUUGUUUGCAAUACGAAGCAGAAAGGAAACUGGGGACCAGAGGAGAGGAAGAUGCAAAUGCCUUUCCAGAAGGGGAAGGCCUUUGAGCUCUGCUUCCUGGUGCACAGCUCGGAGUUCAAGGUGAUGGUUGAUAAGAAAGUCUUUGUGCAAUACCCACAUCGAGUGCCCUUCCACCUUGCGGACACCAUCUCUAUCGCUGGCCCUUUGCAGCUGUCCUACAUCAGCUUUCAGAGCUUCCACGUGCUGCCUGCCUUCGCCACGCUGCAGUUCUCAAAGCCUGCCUACUGCCCACAAAAGCCCAAGGGCCGCAAACCAAAACCUCAGGGGACCUGGCCUGCCCACCCGGGUCUGUUUCAGCCAACCAUGCCUGGUUUUCCCGGACCAGUGUUCUCCAAUCCUGGGAUGUUGCCUACCAUGUACCCCAACCAAAACUAUCCGAUGCCUUACUUCACCUCCAUCCCCGGCGGACUGCACCCUUCUAAGGUCAUCACUGUGUCCGGCAUUGUCCUGCCCAAUGCUAAGAGGUUCCACAUCAACCUGCGCUGUGGGAAUGACAUCGCGUUCCACCUGAACCCUCGCUUUGAUGAAAAUAUUGUGGUCCGAAACACCCAGAUCCAGGGCCGCUGGGGGUGGGAGGAGCGAAGGCUGCCCAUCAAGAUGCCCUUCAGUCGAGGCCAGAGCUUCUCAGUGAUGAUCAUAUGCGAAGGCCACUGCUACCGUGUGACUGUGGGUGGCCAACACCUGCUGGAAUACGUCCACCGCCUGACAGAUCUGAGGGCCAUCAAUAGCCUGGAAGUGACUGGUGACAUCCAGCUGACCCACGUGCAGAUCUAGGUCCAGAUCACCACCGGCCAAGGAAACAUGGCAGCAGAGGGAAACCUUUGUAUGACAAGGUAGAGGGCAAGACCCUCACUAAGAGCUGGUGCUGGAGCAGCCUGACCCUCACCACACCUUGCGCAAGAUGCAUCAAGUGUGAGGCGCAGCUCCUGCCCCUCUUCCCUCCCCCGACACCUUCCUUGCCGUCAGUAGAGAAGCACAGAACUUCAUUUCCUGCCCCCAGAGUCAUUCCAAAGAAGAGUCCAUGGCCUGUCUGCUAUGAUCCUUUGGGGGGAUCUUUGUCCCAGUGGUGGCGCACCCCUGACCAUUCUAUACAAAUUGGGGGUUUUCCCCUACAAAGCAGCCAU